AUGAGGUUCAACAAGGUAAAGUGCAACGUGCUGCACCUGGGUAGGGGCAAUCCCAAGCACAAAUACAGGCUAGGCAACGGGGGGAUUGAGAGCAGCCCUGCAGAGAAGAACUUGGUGGUGUUGGUUGAUGAGAAGGUUUCUAGAAGAAGUGAUGUGGCAUGGGAAUUAAGACGACAAUUAAUGGCCACUGAGGAAGAAGACAGUUUAUCAUAUCCUCCUCUGAAUGUGACCACUGGAAAUGAUACAUGCAUCCUUUUUUAUGCUAGAAAUAUCACCCUCAAAGCCAACAAUUCAGUUUUAAUAGAUUUGACAAAUGUGACAUUUGUAACCCGGAAUGUGGAUAUUUCUUCCUCUGAAUGCUCAGACGUCAACACAACACUGUCAUUAAAAUACACAAAGCCAAUGAAUGGAAUCAGCAGCCUAGAGAUAAGGUUUUUAAUGACCAACAAAUUCUAUGGAGGCUCGGCUAGAAAUUGGUCCACUUUAGAUUCAGUUGAGAUUGUACAAGAUGGAGGAAUCUUUGCUAAAUUUAACGUUUCUGCCAUCUCUGCUCCUGCAGAGUAUUCAUUUCAUUGUCAGCUGGUGGGAACAAGCGAUCUCUAUCCUGCAAGGCUGAUUCCAUCCAACAAUGAGGCAAAAAAGUGGGAUGUUUUCAUCUCCAGGUUGCAAAUGCAAGGCUUCAACAUUGAAAACAACCAGUUUUCCUAUGCAAGUGACUGUACAGGUUUCUUCACUCCUGGAAUCUGGAUGGGCUUAGUGACAUCUAUAGUUCUACUGUGGAUCCUGGCCUAUGGAAUCCAUAUGAUCAUGCAGCUCACAACAAACAGCAGAUUUGAUGACCCCAAAGGUUCAGCUCUGUCAGUUCCUCAGACAGAAUCAUAG